AUUUCGAAUUUCGCCAAUCGUAAUCUGCCGAAGCAUCUCGCAGGUCGGCGAAACAGCCAGUCCCAUCUCAUCGCAUCUUCUGAAAGCGCAUCCACAGGGGCAGUGCUCUCCAUAGUGUUCACUUCCGCGGGCUCCUCAAAAUUUCCUCGUUUCUUCGUCGUUUUCAAACGCUUGUUGUGCAGUCGUGGUCCAGCUCAGCAGCACUUCGUCCAGAAAGAUUAUCCGUCUCGCACGAUGCCCAAGUCUCUCGGCGAGCGUCUGACGUCGCUCAAGACGAUUUCCUUGACGAAGAUGCGAAGUCUAGGCCCUCCACCGACCGCCGGAUCGUUCGACAAAAACUUUCAGAUCGAAAAGCAAGCCCGUUUUGCCUACCGUUUCUUUGAGAUUAUUGUGUCAUUUGCCAGCUGGUUCUUCAUUGGCAAACUACACAAUGAAGAGCUCAUCAAGGAGAAGGAGCUCUGGCCGGCUGUGCAGUAUCUUUGGUUUCUGGCAGUCGUUAGCCCCAUGCUAGCUGGCGUGCUCAUUGGACAAUACUUCGUCUCUGCCAUCGUCAAAUCCUGGUCCUCCUUGAAAGUUCUCGCCAUCGAGCUCCUUAUCGACUUCACAGUCUUUUUCCUCUGGUUGAUCUGUGUUGGCUACCUCGGCUCGCAGAUGGGAAUGUCAUGCAAGCCGGGAGACCAAGAAUUAUCGCAGUGCACGAACUUCAACUGGACACUAGCUUGGAGUUCAUUUAACGUCAUCUUUUGGUUCCUGUCAAUGGUGUGGGAUAUCAAGGGAUUCUUGAAGGGUGUCUGGGGAUGGGGUGGUGAGCAGCUUAGCGACAGGGAGGUGGACGCUGAGAUCAGACGGAUGAGCAGGAACCAAAGCCGAGGAAGCAGGUGGCGAUAGAGGACUGGGACGAGUUGAUUCCUUGUGUCCGGUAACAUUUGUCAAAUCAUUAUGGAUUUUAUGUAUUUGCUUCCGAGACUUGCCCGGCGGUGUGGCGCACCUCAUUAGAGAGAUUAUACGGUGAAAAAACGACCCCGAAAUGAAACGUUGAGAUUGCCGAC